CUUUUUUAGUUAUUCAAAACGUUGAAACUGAUCCAACAGCCAUUUUUCUACCCCAACAGCUGCCCAUGCGGCAAGCUUCAGACAGUCUGUAUCAGAUGCAGUCCGGCAUUCAGUCUAGAUUAGCAAAAAAAAUGUCAAUUUCUGGAAAAAGAUAGUUACCCGGCGUUGCCAUUACCAGUAGUCAAUCGACCAACGCUGCACCAAGCAACAAACGUCUCCGGAACCAUGGGGGACCAUUCGAACAGAAAGAAGAAGCGCAGGCAAGAGGAUGAUACGCCAACUUCUUCAUCAUCACAAACUUCAUCAGAAUCGUCUGACUCAGAAAUCGACCGGCACAGACGUAGACGGGAUCGGCGGCGUGAUGAGAGACGUAAGGUGUCUUCGAGAAGAGACAAGGAGAAGGGGAAAGAGAGAAAAAGGAGACACAAAAAGGAUUCGAGUAAACGAAGACAUAGUAGCGUGAAGAGUAGCAGUCGGAAAUCAAAAGCAAAGUAUUCGGAUUCGGACGAGUCGGAUUCUGAUUCCACCAGUUCAGCCGAUGAGGAGGAGGACUCAAGGGAGGACCUCAAUGAUGUCAUCAACAUGCUUUUGAAAGAGUUCCCUGGUGUAGCUGGUGAGUUGGAGCAGCUAUUGAUGAUGAUUGACGAUGGACAAGCUGUUGACAUAAGUGGUUUAUCUGAAAAGCUUCUGGUCAAACGUUUGAGGAAGCUGUUUCUAGCCUUAAAGCUUAGGGAAAAAGCUGAUCUUGUUUUUCUACUACCAUCAAAGGCGCGCCCUACGCUAGAACGUGUAGGAUCAACAAUUAAGCUCCACACACAGCAGCAAAAUCAUCAUCUUGAUACUUCUGUGAUGCAGAUGGAUAAACAUUCAAAGUCACCAGAUGCGGAUUAUAAACAGGGUACCUAUAAUGGGAACAUGAGUUUUCCAAAUGAAGACACUGGCUCUUAUGAUGCUAAUUUAUGUCUACCAAAUGAACAAACCACUGGUCCAAGAAAGAGGAUGAUUGGUCCAUCAAUGCCAUCUGCAGAAUUACUCGCUGCCGCGGCUAAACUAACAGAAGCACAAGAGGAGCUGAGGGAGGCUGAGUUGGGCGAAGACUGUGGACUGUUUAUCGGACCUCCACCUCCUGCAUUGGUCACUGAGGCAGAGUCUGCCAAUGAAGCAGAGCGUUUUGAAGAGAUUACUAGAAUUAUGGGAGUUGAGGCAGACAAUGCCUACGAUGUUUUGGGAAUGAACAGAAAAAUGGCAAGUGAAAAUAUGAAGAAGAGGUACUGGAAGUUGUCUCUUAUGGUGCAUCCAGAUAAAUGUUCUCAUCCUCAAGCUCAGCAAGCAUUUGUUAAACUAAACAAAGCAUUUAAAGAGUUACAAGAUCCUGAUAAGAGGAAAAUAUUGGAUGAAAAAAUCAAGAUCAAGGAGGAACAAGAGGAAAUGAAGGCAGAUUUGCGAGCUAUGCGUGAAGCUGCUCAGUGGAGACGUUUGCAAGGUAUAUCCAUGGAGGGCGACGAUAUAUUGUUAGCGGAAGAGGUAAAAGCAGCACCCAAAAGGGAUGAAUGGAUGACAACCCUCCCCCCUGAAAGAAAACCUGGGGUAACAAUGCAAUCAACAAAGUUUAGCAAGAGUUCCAAGGACGGACGUGGCGAUACUAGCGCCUGGACAGACACCCCUUCAGAGAGAGCACUGAAAGCGAAAAUGAAUUAUUUAGAAGCCUACAAUGAGGCUACUGCACUUGCUUCUAAAGAAGAGGAUAAUAUAAGGCAAAGGGCAGAUGCAGAGCUUGUAGACCAGUACAACAAGGCUAAGCGAUCAAAAUCUUUGGUAGAAAAGCAUCAAGAUCUGGGUCGGAGCAAGUCAUCCAACUCCACCAAGUCUAAGAAAACAGCAAAGCAGGAGAAAGAGGAGUGGGAAGGAAAACAUCCGUGGAAACCUUGGGACCGUGAAAAGGAUUUGACUGCCGGAAGGCAAAGUGUCAAGCUUGAUGCUGAAAAUAUGGCACAAGGUUUGACUUCCAGGUUUUCUUCUGGAUCUUUCCAAAGGAACUUCCUCUAGAGAAUAGGCAAGGGUUAACUCCUAUGCUCAAUAAUGUUCGUUUGGAUAUAUGUUUCCAAUUAUUGGGUUUGGAUAACAAGUAGUUGCCACCAUUAUGAGAUAAUAAUAUUUGUAUGUUCAAUUAUAGAACAUCCAUCGAUUCCAUUAAGAUUACAAAACUUAUAUUCACUUGUUUUGAAAUAUCAGUAGAAAGAUUAUUCGUCUCUGAAGUGUGAUAUGCAUAUAUCACACCAGGUGCAACAACCAUACUCCCUCCGAGAUAAGUUCCUUGGAUUUAUAAUUAAGGGGCCAUGUAUAGCCGAAUACCAUAAGAUAGGUCUAUAUUGAAAUCAGUGAUGAUAAAAACAUGUUACACAAAUGUAGUGACUGUUGUUUCGAG